AACAAAACCUAAAAAUCCCGACUUGUAUUUAAUACAUUUCCCAGAUUCCGGCCAACGGUUUCUUCCCUCCCUUCAAUCUCAAGCAAUAAUCUUUCGUUGUCAAGGGAAUAUAAAAACCCACAAAGAUUUUGUUGAUGAAAAUUGUAAAUUAAUCAAUUAUAAUAAAUAAUCUUCAAGAAUUUGGAGAAUUAUUGGCGCCCAUUAAGAAAUUUUUGGCGAAUUCCGAGAAAAUGCAAAGCGUAGUUCAAAAGCUUCGAGAUUUGGAUGCAUAUCCUAAAGUCAAUGAAGAUUUCUACAAUAGAACCUUCUAUGGUGGUCUUGUCACCCUUGUUUCUGCCAUUAUAAUGUUCUUUCUCUUCGUUUUUGAGUUCUCUUCAUAUCUUCAUACCGUAACAGAGACGACCCUUGUAGUGGAUACUUCUAGGGGUGGAACUCUUCGCAUCAAUUUUGAUGUUACUUUUCCUGAAGUCCCCUGCACAGUUCUCAGUAUUGAUGCUGAAGAUAUUAGUGGAGAGCGACAUUUUGACAUAAGACACGACAUUGUUAAAACAAGAGUUGAUGCUAUUGGGAACACAGUCGAAGCUAGGCAAGAUAGCAUUGGAGCACCAAAGAUUAAGAAGCCUUUACAGAAGCAUGGUGGCAGGCUUGACCACAAUGAAACUUAUUGUGGUUCAUGUUAUGGAGCGGAAUCGUCUGAUGAUCACUGUUGCAAUUCUUGUGAAGAAGUUCGUGAGGCAUACAAGAAGAAAGGCUGGGCAUUGACAAAUGUAGAUUUGAUUGAUCAGUGUGAAAGGGAAGGGUUCUUCCAAAAGAUCCAUGAGGAAAAAGGUGAAGGAUGCAACAUCAAAGGAUUUCUGGAAGUCAACAAGGUGGCUGGCACUUUCCAUUUUAUUCCCGGGAAGACCUUCCAUCUCUCAGAUUUCUUUUUCAGUGAUUUUAUUUCAGUUCAAAACGACAACUACAAUAUAACUCACAAAAUCAACAAGUUAAAUUUCGGAGACUACUUUCCUGGUCUUGUGAAUCCCCUGGAUGGGGUGCAAUGGUUGCAACAGACUGCGGGUGGAUCUUACCAGUAUUUUCUCAAGGUCGUCCCAGCAAUAUACACUGAUGUUAGGGGACGCACUAUCUUGUCUAAUCAGUUUUCGGUGACAGAGCACUUUAAGCAUUCAGACUCAGGGCGCUAUCAGUCUGUUCCUGGGGUGUUCUUUUAUUAUGAUCUAUCUCCAGUGAAGGUGAAUUACAUGGAGAAGCACACAUCCUUUUUGCACUUCGUGACUAAUGUCUGUGCAAUUAUCGGAGGUACUUUUACAGUUGCCGGGAUAAUAGACUCUUUUGUUUAUCAUGGUCGUAAGGCUAUGAAGAAGAAAAUGUAAAAGAAAUUUCGUUGUUGCUGCUAAAGCAAAAGGUUUAAUAUCCUCGACUCGCCUGGCCAAAAUACGGUGUGAAUUCAACUGAGGUUACUUCUAGAGUGUGACUUGAUCAUGCUGAUAUAGGCAAUGAUAUGUUAGAGAAUUUUUGGUCUACAACUUCGCGUGAUUAUUGAGCAGUUAGCGAUUUUUAUUCAAGCACAUUGUCAUUAAAUUGUGUAAGUAUAAUUGUUGAUGUAGAUGUGUCGAGGGGUUCCCUUUACCACAGUCCACGAGUCGUAUAUGAAUAUCCGAGAUUUAGUUGCUAAGUUUAUUUCCGCAAAGAAGUACACCAUUCUUGUCUUCUUUCUAGUAAUUAUGUGUAGGUUAUGUAGACACGUUACGGUUUUUUUGAAUGCGAAUGGACGUUGGAAGCUAAGCUCCAUGGUCGAAUGCGAAAAUUGUAUUGCUCUCUUACUCUUCUUGCAAUGUUACAUUUGUUUCUUCACUUAUUCUUGAUUA